UAUACAAAAAUGUUCAAACGUCUGCUAGCAGUUAUUAUGCUUAGCAGUUGCCUAACUGAGUCAUGCGGAAAGUCUGUUUCUUUAUCAGUAAAUUUGAAGGUUGCAGUUGAAGCACACUUCAAUGCAACAAAGCCUGUAAAAUAUACCUAUAUGAACAAUAACGAUUUUAAACCGAGAGAUUGCUCAGACCUAAACAAAGAUCGGCAUAAAAGUGGAAUAUAUAAAAUUUCUCCAGAUAGUGGUUCCUCUUUCAAUGUUUACUGUGACAUGGAUAUAGACAAUGGUGGAUGGACGGUGUUCCAGAGACGACAGGACGGUAAAGUUGACUUUUAUCGUGAUUGGAAAGAUUACGAAGACGGAUUUGGAAACCCGAAAAAAGAAUUCUGGUUAGGAAACAAGAAGCUGCACAAACUUACUACUACUGGAAACUUUACUUUGAGGGUUGAUUUGAGUGAUUUCUCUGGAAACAAAGCAUAUGCUAAAUACAAAUCAUUUUCAAUUGCUAGCGCGUCAAAUAAGUUCAAGCUGACAAUCAGUGGAUAUAGUGGAAAUUCAGGUGACGGUAUGGGAGAAGUGAACGGCAGGCCAUUUGUUACUAAGGACCAGGAUCUUCAUAAUUGUGCUGUUCGUCUAAAGGGAGCAUGGUGGGUUCGUAAUUGUACCACUUCUUGCCUGAAUAGCGAGUAUAAGGGAAGUCUUUGGCAUGGGAUUUCUUGGUAUAUCUGGAAGAACAAAGCUGCAACAAUAAAAACUGCAGUAAUGAUGAUUCGUAGGAGAAAAUAACUCACAUCAAAAUCAAAAAUGAAAACCGAUUGUGCAGGUGGCUCUUGAUCAUUCUUCUAGUGAAACGAAUGUAAUAAGAACCUCUUUUUGCGUAAAACCUCCAAUUAUAAAAAUUUGCUAUCAUGUUGUUACUAUGUUUCGAUUGUAUUUAUUAAA